AUGUCACAAUGCCCGUAUUGUGAGGGGCUCAAUGGUGAGGCACUGCAUGCUUGAGAAUAUAUCCUUCUGGAAAGUAUGUCACUUUGACCAUAGACCCUCGCGUCUUCGUGUAUGUAACAUUAGUUAGGGCCGAACAUCUCAACCAGGUGACAUACUUUCUGGGAUGGUGGAUUAAAAUUAUUUUUUCACACCGAUAACGUUUCAGGGCUCAAAAUAACGGGAGAUAGGUCUCCGGUUAACUUGAUUUUAGCUCGGUCAAAAUCUGUUUUUGACCGGUCAUUGAUACGCUUACACUAACAGUGAAACGAACUGUUAUAGAAACUUGUUUUGAUACAUUAUAGUUUCAUGUUUUAAUUCAAGACGUCGGCAAUCACAUUGGAAGGCAUGAAAAUGUGGCCGGUCAAAAUGACCGGUGAGAUAUUAAAAAAGUGGCCGGUUAAGAGGCAUUUUUGGCCGGCCAUUGCCCGUUGACCGGCCGUUAUUUUGAGCGCCGACGUUUAUACUAUCGUUUUGAGAUCGGUGGUGAAAAGCAGUUGUAAUUCUGGUCAAUUCUUUACUUCAGGUAACGUGAAGAAGACGGGAAUGAUGAAAAUAGUCCACGAGAAAUAUAAAUCGACAAAGAAGAUAUUACAUCCGGCCAUCUCUGAGUUUCGCGCCUCGUUCCAAAAUGCGCUUGAGCAUAACAAAGAGCUUGAACUACUCCUCGCCAAAGCACAGGUGAACGUCUUACUGUACCGGGUGUCCCAAAAAAAACUGGACACCGUUUCAUUUCAUGUACCGUAAAAGCUAUCGCAAUGAAAUAAAGAUCAUUGCAUUCAGAAAGGACUAACUUAGAUUUUGAUAUUUUACACUUGAAUUUACAUGCAACCAUAUCCAUAUAGUUAUAAUGUACGAGGUUCAAAUUCGUCUCUCUUUCUGCCAUGACCAAAUACCGAGUAUGGCAGAAAAUGUUUCCGAUAUAAUGGGGUUAAAAUCUGGAAUAGCAUUCCUGAACAAGUAAGAAACAGCGAAUGUUUAAAUUCUUUCAAUAGGAAUAUUUCCUCUGUUAGUCUAACGAAUUAGCUAUUUGACUAUUGUACCAUUUGUUUUGUAAUAUGUAUUUUGUAUUCGUAGUUCUUAAUAUUAUUAGCGAUUUUGUAUUUUAUAUAAUUUUGUAACAUAAAUGAUCUACGCCCCACCUGGAAAGCAGCUUCGGUUGAAGUGGCCAGCGUAGUGAAAUAAAGUUUUAUCCUAUCCUAUCCUAUCCUUGAGCGAGACACAACCAAAAUAGAAUAUUUAUUAUUUAACAAGUAUAACUACAUUGGUAAUUUUUAGGUUGUCUUAUGCUAAUUUUUCGCAUUUUCAAAAACAGUAGUUCAAUGUUCAAACAUCAAUAACGCAGUCAAUAUUGCAUGUAAAUUCAAGUGUUAUAUAUCAAAAUCUAAGUUAGUCCUUUCUGAAUACAAUGAUCUUUAUUUCAUUGCGAUAGCUUUUAAACUGUUACGAUAAAUGAAAUCAAACAGCGUCCAUAUACACAGUUUAUUCAGUAUGUUCAUGAUAUUUUUUUACUGAAUUCAAUUGUUUUCUGGUUUUAGGAAAUUUUAAAUCCAUUGAGAAUUUUAACACUUUUCAGAGAUAUUCUUGACGAGGUUCGAAUAUACUGUAUAUAUUUAUUUUUAACAGACGAAACUUUGUAUAUUUAAUAUAGAUGAAACUUUCCCAAUAAUUUUGCGUAUUUUAUGUCAAUUCUAACUUUCCUCCCAGGAUUGUCCACUGUUUGGUAUGCUACCCCGUGUGUCUCGUCCUGAGGAUCUUAUUCUCUCGAGAAUUGUCGUUCCACCAGUCUGCAUCAGGCCUUCUGUUGUCAGUGAUCUUAAAGCUGGCAGGUUAGUUUGAUUGUACACAUGUAAUAACGCACAAGUUGUAACAAACCUGUAGCGGACUUAAUGUAGCAAUGCUGUUCCAACAACUUGUCAACAGGAUGUGUUCGCGCUUGUUUGUUCCCAGCUUGCUACAAGGUUGUUGAGCUCAACUCAACAGACUUGUUAAAAGUUGUCUCAACAACUUGUUAUCGUCCUAGCUGCAAUUCAACAAUUUGUCAAAAAGUUGUGAGUGACAACCUUGUAGCAACUUGAUAAAAUAACAGCAUUGUUACAACUUGUUGACAAGCUUGCUACAAGCCUGUUGUGAACACAUCUUGUUGACAAGUUGUGAGUGACAACCUUGUAGCAACUUGAUAAAAUAACAGCAUUGUUACAACUUGUUGACAAGCUUGCUACAAGCCUGUUGCGAACACAUCUUGUUGACAAGUUGUGAGUGACAACCUUGUAGCAACUUGAUGAAAUAACAGUAUUGUUACGACUUGUUGACAAGCUUGCUACAAGCCUGUUGUGAACACAUCUUGUCAGGACAAGUUGUGAGAUUUUUACUUGUGUGGUGAGUACCAUAGAUUGUUUUUUUCUCCUGCAGUAAUGAGGAUGAUGUGACCAUGAAAUUAACUGAGAUUAUUUUUCUUAACGACGUCAUACGAAAGCAUCGUUCUGGUGGUGCUAAAAUACAAAUGAUCAUUGUGAGUUUCAAUAAUGUAUUUAAUAAAAAUACAGUUGAAGUUACGACCAAUAAUUGCAUUAUUAAAACUACAGUGGCCAAGCUAACCAUAGCAGCUGGUCAUGCUGUGCAGAUUUUUAAAUAUUUGUCUUAUUCAAACAUAUAGAAAUCUAUUGUCUUUGGUGCAAGUUUAUUAGCAUAACAUGACCAGUUAUCAUGGCUAGCUUGGCCACUGUGGAACUACAAGGAAACCUUGUGAUGAUUUGUGUUGAAUAUGAUAUUUGUGUUUUAUUAUACAAUUAGGAAGAUUGGGACUUUCUACAACUGCAAUGUGCUCUUUAUAUCAACAGCGAAACCACUGGUAUCCCUUUAAGUAUGCAGGUAUCCCCAUAUAUAGUUAGUAUUUUUAAUAUUAAUAUUGUAUUUAUGUAAACCAAAACACAUGGUCGCACUGAGCAUUAUUCUUCCUGGAAGUCAACAAGAAUCAACUGUGAUUCGUCCAGUAUUCUCAAUGGACUGCGCUGUUUGAUGGAGUCAACUGACUCAUCCUCACACACAUGACUGCGAGGCUGAACAAUAAUCAGGCAACUGCGUAGUAUAGGAAUAGGAGUGAACCCUGAUCACAGAGGCGAAAGAAACAUCUACUUCUCAUUUUUCAGCCCAAGAAAGCCACAAGAGGCUUCGUACAAAGAUUGAAAGGAAAACAAGGUCGUUUCCGUGGCAAUCUGUCUGGGAAACGUGUAGAUUUCUCUGGACGAACUGUCAUCUCACCUGAUCCUAAUCUGCGUAUUGACCAGGUAGAUCAUUUCACAUUUAACUUACUACAGUAUUAGGAUGGUGUUGCUGUUGGUGGUAGUGAUAAUCAGAUGGUGGUAGUGAUGAUGAUGCUGCUGACGCCAUUUUCACGUCGAUUUUGACGCCAUUUUCACGUCGUCUUUGAUGUCCGCGUCCUCGAUCUAAAUCUGUCUUAUGAUGAUUGUGGAGGAGAUUGUUAUUUAUUUAUUUAUUUGUUUUACAUUCAAGGUUGCUGUUCCCAUACAUGUUGCAAAGAUUUUGACAUACCCAGAAAAGGUGAAAGCAUUGAUUGAAAUGCAUUGAUUUCAUCGUGAACAGAAUGACCCAAUUUUUUUUUUCAUUUGAAUCAGGUGACAAGAGCCAACAUACAUUUCAUGAGGAAACUGGUUGAGAACGGCGCCACCCAACAUCCGGGAGCGAAUUUUAUUGUACAGCAAAACACGAAGAUUAAGAAGUACGAAGAUGUGCUUGGGCAAAAAAAAAUAUGUGGGUUUCCGGUUUCCCGACCCUACCUAGCUUUUGGACGUCGAAAUUCCGACCCUAAACUUUUUUAUUGGAUCAUGCUUGUAAGUGUUUCCACUUAGAGGAAAAAGCUUGUGGAAAAUUGAAAUUUGAGGCAAUAUUAGGGAAAUUUAUCUUUGGAUGUGGAAGCACUGACUAAACAAAAUGGCGUCCGUUUGUUAGGAAAAUUAAAAAAAAAAGUUAAAACCGACCUACCCUACCUAAGUUUUUAUAAGAAGAAACCGGAAACCCACAUAUUUUUUUUGGCCUUGUUAGAGUUUCGCAAAGUUUUCGCAUUUGUACAAUGUUGUUUUAUCAUAUUUAUAAAACCGUUUUUCCUCUUCAACCAUAUCGUAACAUGUGUCGUAGCUUUUUCUUUUGUGUCGAAGUAAUUAGGUCAGUUUCAAGGCCCACACAGACCGGACGCGAUUUGGCAACGCGACGCGAAUUUUCAAUUUUCAAUGACAUUUAACUUUAAUGUUUUUCUAUGUUUUUCAAAUAUUCGGAACCACUUAAGCUAUUCUAGCUAUUUGGUCUGCAUAUCUUGUAAUUUUUUUAUCCGUUGACGGUUUUAUUUGUUUUUAAAAAAUGAAAAUUCGCGUCGCGUUGUCGAAUCGCGUUCCGUCUGUAUGGGCUUUAACUGUACAGAAAAAAUAGGCUACGAAAAACUACUUUUAUCCUCUAAUUGUUUAGGUUUCUUAAGUAUGGAAACAGACAGUUGAUUGCCAAAGAUUUAAGGGUAAUGAUUAAAUGUGAAAUGUGGUAAAAAAGUAUGGGUUAUAAAGUCGGUCGGUAUCAGUUUGGCAGAGACUGCAGUGUGAAAGGAUAUACAACUACCCGAAAAAUAUAUGCACUUUGUUGGGAAGCACUGCGAUCAUUGCCAAUGAUGAAUUAGUUUCUGUUGUUUUAUUUUACAGAUUGGUGAUACAGUGGAGCGACAUAUGAUUGAUGGUGAUGUUGUCUUGUUUAACAGGCAACCGUCACUGCAUAAACUGAGUAUUAUGUGUCACUUUGUAAGUAUUGUACGCCGCUCUUCCUUGAAAUCGAGUGAGGAUCAUUCUUUAUAUUGAUCUGAUAUUAUUACAGGAGGAAACCUAAACUAAACUAUCGUUAUUUAUACUGGAUUGUUCUUGUUUCACAGGCUGUUGUGAAACCGCACAGGACAUUUCGUUUCAAUGAAUGUGUGUGUACACCUUAUAACGCCGAUUUCGAUGGAGAUGAGAUGAACCUACAUUUACCUCAGACUGAGGAGGCCAAGGCCGAGGCUCUCACUUUGAUGGGUGUAAGUAUUCCUGUUUAUAGCAGGUGGAUUAUGCUGAGGGUAAAACAGAGGUUUUGAGUUAAGGUUACAGGAUACCCUUUUUGGCGUUUUGUGGAAAAUCGCUACUGCGCGCUCAAAAUCAGUCCGAUUUUCAUCAAAUUUUCACCAAAUGUUAGCAAGUGCAUGCAAAAUAUGAUAAAGUUGUAAAAUGUACAAACAAAAUAAUGUAAGAAUUAUUCAGAAAAAUCUUAAGUCGCGGUACCUUUACGCUUUUGAGUUAUGUUCCUGCUGGUUUUAAGAUAUAUUUAUGAAAAUAUCAUUUUUAUACAGUAAAAUAGUUGUUCUAAAAAAUUGUGUUCGGAAAUUUUUGUUUAUUUCGUCAUUCCGCUGAUAUGGCGAUUUCUUUGACGACUGCGAUAUAUUUCUGAAUCGUUUGUGUGAAUUGCUCCUUAUUAUUAAAAUAUCCAAAAGUAGAACAAAGCCGAACACAAUUUUGAAACUGACGUCUUUAGCUAUGUCCUGUGAAAAUUUGAGAAAAAUUUGUUAAAACCCGCAGGAGCACAACUCGUUUAAAAAUCAGUAAUUGCCGUAAAAUUCUUCGGGAGAAAAUUGAAUUACAUUUUCAAUGUUUUUCUUAUUGCAAGCGAAAUGUAUUUUAUUAAAUAACUCUGCGAGUUUUCAACAUUUUUCGUCCAAACUUGGUCAGAUAGUAGAACUAGUCUAAUGCUUUCAUGGAAACCAAUAAAAAAAUUUUAGGCAAAAUUAACACUCAAAGGUGUUCUGUAACCUUAAUAUUUGUUGUAGGUGAAGUCAAAUCUUGUCACACCUCGCAAUGGAGAACCUCUGAUUGCUGCCAUCCAAGACUUUAUUACUGGUGAGUAAACCACCCCCAACUCCCUCACGGACUAUUUUCAGUUCCAGUUUUGAAAACUUAAAAGUUGGCGUUUUAUUUUUAGGUGCGUACCUUCUGACUCAGAAGGAUGUGUUCUUGGACAGAGGUCACAUGACACAGUUGUGUGCCGCCAUGUUGGCGGGCAAAGACGGAGAUAUGAAGAUAAAUCUUCCUCCGCCCGCCAUUUUUAGGGUUAGUCAGUUAAUAAGGUUAUCUUGAAUGCAUAGCUCUUGUAGCUCUAACAGUUCUAAAUUUGUAAUAGAAGCCGCCACAUCCUAAGACUAUCAAAAGAAAGCCAAAAUUCUACAUACACCAGUUCUUCAACUGGACAAUUCUACCAACAAAAUCCCUCAUUCUUCUCUUUCUUUAGCCUGUGAAACUGUGGACUGGCAAACAGGUGUUCAGCGUGUUGUUGAAGUCUCACCGGGAAGCCGCUUCCGUGAAGAUGAACUUACGAGUGAAAGGAAAACAGUACAGUAGCGGCGAGGACAUGUGCAAGAAUGAUUCAUGUGAGAUUCAAACCAAACUAACCUUAUUUAUACUGGGUAGCUCCAUCAGUUCUAAACUGUUCUCCCUAGAGGUGCAGUAAGGAUCAUCUCUUAUUGAUCCAGUGUUACUACAUGAGGAAACCUAAACUAAACUAACUUUAUUUAUACUGGAUAGCUCUAUCAGUUCUAAACUGUUCUCCACAGAGGUCCAGUAAGGAUAUCUUUUAUUGACCCAGUGUUACUGCAGGAGGAAACCUAAACUAAACAAACUUUAUUUAUACUGGAUAGUUCUAUCAGUUCUAAACUGUUCUCCCUAGAGGUCCAGUAAGGAUCAUCUCUCAUUGAUCCAGUGUUACUACAGGAGGAAACCUAAACUAACUUUAUUCAAUUUCAAUUCCAGUUGUAGUAAUUCACAACAGUGAACUGAUGUGUGGCGCGCUGGACAAAGCAGUUUUGGGAUCUGGAUCCAAAAACAACGUGUUUUACGUUCUGUACCGUGACUUUGGAGAACAGGUGUGACGUCAUUAAAACAAGAAGCAACUUUUUGAAAUUUUUCUUUCAUAAUUUUUCUUAAGCGAAUUUCAUAUUCAUGUUUGUUUUUUUUUACAUUAGUUUGCCGCUGAUGCUAUGUGGAAAGUUGCUCGAAUUUGCCCUUUCUUUUUGUGUAAGCUUUACUUUUCUUUCUAUAGCGUGAGGGUUUGUACCAUUUGAAUGACAAAUAUUGUCCCUUAUUUAGCGAACCGAGGAUUUUCAAUCGGUAUUGGAGAUGUGACACCCGGACUUGGCUUAUUGAAAGCCAAGGACGAGCUAUUAAAUUGUGGUUAUAAGAAAUGCGACGAAUUUAUUCAGGAUUUCAAAGAAAGCAGAUUGCAGACUCAGCCAGGUUGCUCUGAAGAGGAGACGUUAGAGGUCAGUUAGCACGCUGCUGUUUAUCUCUGGCUUAAAGGACAUUGGCAAUAAAAAAAAUAAGUCUGUCUCAUUCAAAAGAACUCUUAAAAUUAUAUAUUAAACUUCAUUACCGAUUUGUCGUACCUUGCUUAGUUCUCGAAAUGUUUAGACCGAAAUUAAUGAGCUUUCCGCCAUCUUGGACUAAUUCUUGACCUCGUUAACUAUGGUUUUGAUGACGUCAGGAGUUGGGUUAACCAUAUAAACUACUCUGAAAUGACCGAGUAACAAUCCAAAAUUGUAUGAAAUGUUUUUAAUCAUUUCUAAAUUUCAGACAGCAACCAGAGACGAAGUUUUGGACCCAUAUUGAUCGCUUACUCUCAAGAUAAAAAAAUUAGCGUGACCCCUCUCUUGACGUAACAUGCAUAUCCUCAAUAAUCCAAGAUGGCGAACAGCUCACUUUUUUCAGUCGAAAUAUUUUGAAAACUAAGCAAGAUAUAAACAAUAUGUAAUAUGAGUUUUUGUAAUGAGAGUUCUUUCAUAUGAACUAAACUAAUUUUUUAUUGCCAAUGUCCUUUAAGCCCACUAUUGUAGGUCGACAAGUUCACGACGUGUGUUUUGACGUUAAAAUUGUUUAGGCUGUCAUUCUUGGUGAACUUUCUGUGAUUCGAGACCACGCGGGCAAGGCCUGUCUUCGCGAGCUACACAAAUCUAACAGUCCGUUAACAAUGGCUGUCUGUGGAUCUAAAGGUACAAUAAGGGUUAAGGAAGGUGAAGAGGUGAUCCUUACUGGACCUCUAGGAAGAACAGUUUAGAACUGAUAGAGCUAUCCAGUAUAAAUAAAGUUAGUUUAGUUUAGGUUUCCUCCUGUAGUAACACUGGAUCAAUAAGAGAUGAUCCGUACUGGACCUCUAGGAAGAACAGUUUGGAACCGAUAGAGUUAUCCAAUAUAAAUAAAGUCAGUUUAGUUCAGGUUUCCUCAUGUAGUAACACUGGAUCAAUAAGAGAUGACUCUCACUGGACCUCUAGGAAGAACACUUUCCAACCGAUAGAGCUAUCCAGUGUAAAUAAAGUUAGUUUAGAUAAGUUGUCUUCAACAUCAUUGUUACAUAUUGUCCUCUAGGAUCAUUUAUCAAUAUUUCUCAAAUGAUCGCGUGUGUGGGUCAGCAAGCUCUCUCGGGGAAACGUACUCCAGAUGGAUUUGAAAGUCGAUCCUUGCCUCAUUUUCGGAAGUUCGGUAUGUUAGAGCUGUGUUUUGAUUUUUUGUGUUAGAAAACUGUGCUAGCGUAUAUCUGACUUGUUUUUGUGGCUUUUUAGCCAAGUUUCCAGGUGCCAAAGGAUUUGUGAAGAAUAGUUUUUACUCUGGGUUGACGCCAACAGAGUUUUUCUUUCACACCAUGGCUGGACGAGAAGGUUAGCUUGCUGUCUCUCACUGCUGCUGAGCGAAACAUGAUUAAGACACUAUUCUACUUUAUUUGCUAACCUAACUGUCAUUGUAUCAUUCUAGGUUUGGUUGAUACAGCGGUAAAAACGGCCGAAACUGGAUACAUGCAAAGACGUCUUGUCAAGGUAAAGUGACAAGAAGCAAUUUCCAUAGACAGAAAAAAAAAACACAAUGGAAAUUAUUACACAAUAUUUGCAUGAAGGGUACAUAUUUGGAUCUAUUUUUCUUUAGUCAUUGGAGGACUUAUCAAUCCAGUAUGAUAUGACAGUAAGAAAUUCAGUCGGUGAUAUAGUUCAGUUUGUGUAUGGCGGAGAUAGCCUGGACCCGGCUUCCAUGGAGGGAAAGGAUAGACCUGUUGAUUUUGAUCGCAUUUUGGCACAUGUUCAGGUAAAUAAGGAUCAAUAAGAGAUGAUCGUUACUGGACCUCUACGAAGAACAGUUUAAAACUGAUAGAGCUAUCCUGUAUAAAUAAAGUUAGUUUAGUUUAGGUUUUCUCCUGUAGUAACACUGGAUCAAUAGGAGAUGAUCCUUACUGGACCUCUAGGAAGAACAGUUUAAAACAGAUAGAGCUAUCCAGUAUAAAUAAAGUUAGUUUACUCGCAACUGAUCUCUAUGAAUGUAUGUCCACAGUCAUUCGUGCCUGAUCAUGAAUCGUGUGUUUUGUCGGCUGUGGAAAUCAAAGACCAGACGAACUCUAUACUCAAUCAAGAGAAGUUUCAAGCUUGCAGCGAGGAGUACAAGAAAGGACUAAGGUUAUUGUUUGGAGUAUAUGCAUGUUUACAAAAAUAUAUAUAGCUAUGAAUGGUUUCACUAAGCACUAUCGCGCCCUGGUCAAACGAGAACAAGAGUUGCAUGAGAGUUGAGAAGCGAGAGUUUACAUGAGAGUUUUCUCAACUCUCAUGCCCCGGUCAAACGAGAACGAGAGUUGCAUGAGAGCUGAGAAGCGAGAGUUUACAUUAGAGUUUUCUCAACUCUCAUGCCCUGGUCAAACGAGAACAAGAGUUGCAUGAGAGUUGAGAAGCGAGAGUUUGCAUCAGAGUUUUCUCAACUCUCAUGCCCCGGUCAAACGAGAACAAGAGUUGCAUGAGAGUUGAGAAGCGAGAGUUUGCAUCAGAGUUUUCUCAACUCUCAUGCCCUGGUCAAACGAGAACAAGAGUUGCAUGAGAGUUGAGAAGCGAGAGUUUGCAUCAGAGUUUUCUCAACUCUCAUGCCCUGGUCAAACGAGAACAAGAGUUGCAUGAGAGUUGAGAAGCGAGAGUUUGCAUCAGAGUUUUCUCAACUCUCAUGCCCUGGUCAAAACGAGAACAAGAGUUGCAUGAGAGUUGAGAAGCGAGAGUUUGCAUCAGAGUUUUCUCAACUCUCAUGCCCUGGUCAAAACGAGAACAAGAGUUGCAUGAGAGUUGAGAAGCGAGAGUUUGCAUCAGAGUUUUCUCAACUCUCAUGCCCUGGUCAAACGAGAACAAGAGUUGUUAAGAAGCGAGAGUUUGCAUGAGAGUUUUCUCAACUCUCAUGCCUCGGAGAAUUCACUGGACAGUACCAGUCGCACAAACAAAACCUCUCAUCAAAAUUUGACUACAUGAUUUUUUUCUGACAGGAAAUUUACGAACAAGCUGAGUGACAAAGUCGCGAAUUUACACUCCCGAUAUGGAUUAAGUUUUGUCAAAGAGAAGUAAGUGAUUAAAGGCAAACUUUUAAAUGCGACUAACCCCAAAUAUAAUUUUUGGUAUAUGUGUAAUAUCUGGGUCAUUCUGACAAGAAAUGUAAUGUAUCUUUAUAGUAGAAAACCUCAUCUUGACUCAACUUUUUCACUGUCAAAGGGAACAAAACAAAGGAAAACGAAUUUGCAAAUCGUGAAAAAGUUGAUGAAGAUGAGGGUAUUUUUACUAUAAAGAUACAUUACAUUUCUUCUUCGAAUGACCCAAAUAUUACACGUACCAAAAAUUAUAUUUGUGGUUUGUCACACUUUAAAGUGCCUAUGACACGAAAUUUCACCCCAAAGGUUUAUGGUUGCAUUGUAAAGAUCACUUAAAAUGACUUAAUAAUUUCUUUUAUAGAAUUUUGGUAACUUGCUCCCUUUUCAAGAUAUUCAACAUUGUUUCAUAUGCAAAUAUCACCGGUGUGACAUCACAUCGCAUAAUGAGGUUUCAGAAAAGUAUAGUUUUCUUCACGAAUACGUAUCUAAAAAACUUAAAAAUUGCUCUUGUGUAUGUAUUAAUGUCAUAACUGGUAAUUAACCCUUUGUAUUUGUUUGUAAAAAUAUUUUAUCAAGGUAAAAUAUUGCGUUUUCAAAAUGUCAUUAUGCGAUGUGAUGUCACACCGGUGAUAUUUGCAUAUGAAACAAAGUUGAAUAUCUUGCAAAGGAAGCAAGUUACCAAAAUUCUAUAGAAGAAAUUAUUAAGUCAUUUUAAGUGAUCUUUACAAUGCAACCAUAAACAUUUGGGGUGAAAUUUCGUGUCAUAGGCACUUUAAGUAUAUUGUCUCUGAUCUGACUCAGGUAAACCAAAUUGAAUAAGCUAAAGCAACUUUAGUUGUAAUGAAUAGCUCUGUAACUCUACAUAUUUAUUUUUAUAUCGUAUCUUUUCCCUGUGUAGAAUGAAUACUGAAAUGAAAGCAAUGAGACUAGGAUUUGGUAUGUAUAUACUUACCGUGUAUCCUCGCCCUACGGCUUCCGCAGAUAACACAACCUCGUUCUUGACUUCAUAAUAGCGACGCUUUAACUAGUAAAGUCUACGGACGUCAGAUUGCCGGGGGGGGGGGAGAGACUGGAUUAAAAACUGCAUAUGACAAAACAUGGUGGCAUAUUGCACUUGUCAUAUCUUCGAAACGAGUUCGGUGACCCAAUAUUUUUUUCUGUUUUUACCAUGAGCAUAUCAUAAACUUUGCCCCUAGGAAGUUUCAGCAAAUUCUCAUUUCCAGAACAAUUAGUGAUGAAUCACGAUUUUGACCCUCACUAAUCUUUAGGAAUCUUGCACACAAAAGCUAAAAGGAAUGGUUGUAAGCACAACAUAAAACAAUAACAAAUACAAAAACAUGUACAGAAGUCUGGAUGGUUGAGAUUGGGCUAGGAUUGAGAUGGAUUGUAAAUGACAUCUUGAUUAAUUGUUGGCAGACACUUUUUCAAGUUUAGGUCAAUUUGUAUGAAAACGUCGUCUUACAUGCUGUGUGGAAGUUCAAAGUUGUUGAAUAUGACUCGUAUAUCAUAACUGAACCUAUUUACAAUGUUUAUUUUCAAAUUCACAGUUCAGACUUUGAAUAAAAUACAUUUUUGGUCGAAUAUUGGUGACACUGCCCCUUUAAGCUCGCUAAUAGUACAAAUACGCCAUCAGACCAACUAUCAUGGGUGCGUCAUGAAAUUUUGUUUUUUCCCGUAGCUGUAGAGUGGGUAUCGCGCUGUACUUCACUACAACUGCGAAGGUUUUUUGACAUUUGUCAUGAGAAGUUUAUGAAAGCGAAGAUUGAGCCAGGUACAGCUGUUGGGGCCGUGUGCGCGCAGAGCAUCGGAGAGCCUGGUACCCAGAUGACAUUGAAAACUUUUCAUUUCGCUGGGGUUGCAUCUAUGAAUAUCCUUUUGUACUAAUGUUUCAUUGUUCGUAUGGUGUUUUGUCGUAAAAGCUAACAAGUUGUAACAAACCUGCAGCAGACUUGUAGCGAUGCUGUUCCAGCAACUUGUCAACAGGAUGUGUUCGCACUGCUUGUUCCCAGCUUGUUAACAAGUUGUCAACGGCUUGUUGACAACUUGCUACAAGGUUGUUGAGCUCAACAGACUUGUUACAAGUUGUUCCAACAACUUGUUAUCGUCCUGCAAUUCAACAAUUUGUCAACAAGUUGUGAGUGACAACCUUGUAGCAACUUGAUAAAAUAACAGCAUUGUUACAACUUGUUGACAAGCUUGCUACAAGCCUGUUGGGAACACAUCUUGUUGAUAAGUUGUGAAAUUUUUACGUGUGUAGUUGAUUAGUCAGCUGUUGAUGAAUAUUUCCUUGACGUCUUCUCACACAUCACUCUGGGUGUACCGCGAAUCAAGGAGAUCAUCAACGCGUCCCGUUCCAUCAGCACGCCGAUCAUAUCAGCUGGUCUCGUUAACGAAUCAGAUCCUGACAUAGCGCGUGUUAUCAAGGGGAGACUGGAGAAAACUACUCUGGGAGAGGUGAGAGUCAGGGAGGGGGGCGAAGGAUGUAAGCUUGGGUGGUCGGAUGUGCAGUAUUCGGAGAAUUUGACCGUACAUUUGAAUAUUGAACAACAUGAUUUUUUCUGUGUUGGUGUAAUGUACUUAGGUGAAUAUGAUGCUUGUGAUGUUACUCUGAGUGUAUAUCCACACCGGGCAAGCUUGAAAAAUAUGCCUGUCUACGGUGGGAAUCGAACCUACGACCUUUGGAAUACAGAGCAUUGGGCUAGUAUUCCAAAGGUCGUAGGUUCGAAUCCCACCGUGGACAGGCAUAUUUUUCAAGCUUGCCCGGUGUGGAUAUACACUCAGAGUAACAUCACAAGCAUCAUUAAACAACAUUUCAAAAUCUCAAAUGAUAGAUAAGGAAGUAUGGUAUGGUGAUUCCUUAAAGGGAAAUGUCAUUAUAAAUUUUUAUUUUCUCUUUUUAUUAACUUCUUUUACCGAUUUUUCAUAUCUUGCUUAGUUCUUGAAAUAUUUUCACAUGAAGUAAUGAGAUGUCCGCCAUCUUGGAUAAAUGUUUGAUCUCAUUAACGGUAGUUUUGGUGACGUCACAACAGGGAUUAAUCAUAUAAAAGUAUUUGUUGCUGACCAAAUAUUGAUUGGUAGAUGUUUUAAAGGUUUUGAGUGAUCUUGAUAUUUCGAAGGGCGUGCAGAGUAUAGUUUUGAGUGCAAAAUGAUUAGUGGUUGUCUAGAUAAAAAUAUUGCGUGAUCCCUGUUGUGACGUGACAUGCAUAUCUACAAAAAUUGAAGAUGGAGGACAUUUCAUUCCUUUUAAUCAAAAUAUUUGUAGAAGUAAGCAAGAUAUGAAAACAUGGUGAAAGAGUAUUAUAUAUAGUCGUAAAAGUUCUUUCAAAUGAGAAAAUAAAAAAUAUAUUGCCAUUUCCCUUUAAGAUUCUUGGUCAAAUAUUUCUCUAGAUCCCACAUUUUUUGUUUCAUUUCAUUUUCUAGGUGACAGAAUAUGUCGAGGAAGUAUUUGCUCCGGAGAAUUGUUUUCUGUUUAUCAAGUUGGAUUUGAAUCGCAUAAGACUUUUGAAGGUAAUGGGAUGCUUUUGCCAAAUUUUAUGUAAAAACCGCACAACUUGUCAACAAGAUGAGUUCGCAACAGGCUUGUAGCAAGCUUAUCAAGUUGCUACAAGGUUGUCACUCACAACUUGUUGACAAAUUGUUGAAUUGCAGGACGAUAACAAGUUGUUGGAACAACUUGUAACAAGUCUGUUGAGCUCAACAACCUUGUAGCAAGUUGUCAACAAGCCGUCGACAACUUGUCAGCAAGUUGGGAACAAGCAGUGCGAACACAUCCUGUUGACAAGUUGUUGGAACAGCAUUGCUAAAAGUCUGCUGCAGGUUUGUUACAACUUGUGCAUUUUUACCUGUGUAGACUAUAGACAUUUUGCAAGGUUAUUUAAACAUACAUUGAAUAUUUUUCGUUCAUAGUUGGAAGUGAACACAGAAACGAUUAUAUUUUCAAUUUGUACUGCACCAAAACUUAAAGUGAAACGCCAGGUAUGCCAGCACGAUCCAAACUGUACAAGAUAAUUCAAUGAUACCACAAAUAGUCUUAUGAUGUUCAUUCGUUUGUUUUCAAUCUUUGUUACAGCACAUUCAUUCUCUAAGUCGCUCGACUAUCUGUAUUUACCCUCAAGAAAACAACAAAAGUUCCUUACAUUUCGUCAUGCAGACCCUGAAGAAAUCUUUGCCAAACGUUGUGAUUAAGGUGCGCAAUUUAAAUAAACCAAUUAAAUUACUUUAUAAAAACUGGGUAGAUCUAUCGGUUUUAAACUGGUCUUUGAGCUUCAGUAAAGCUUAUCUCUCGUUGAGUGAGUCGAGUGUUACUACAUGAGGAAUCCUAAAGUAAACUAACUUUAUCUAUACUAGAUAGCUUUAUCAGUUCUAAACUGUUUUUCCUAGAGGUCCAGUAAGGAUCAUCUCUUAUUGAUCCAGUGUUACUGCAGGAGGAAACCUAAACUAAACUAACUUUAUUUAUACUGGAUAGCUCUAUCAGUUCUAAACUGUUCUUCCCAGAGGUCCAGUAAGGAACAUCUCUUAUUGAUCCAGUGUUACUACAGGAGGAAACCUAAACAAACUAACUUUAUACUAGAUAGCUCUAUCAGUUCUAAACUGUUCUUCCCAGAGGUCCAGUAAGGAUCAUCUCUUAUUGAUCCAGUGUUACUACAGGAGGAAACCUAAACUAAACUAACUUAACUGUUGUAACACUGUUGUUUUUUCGCCCCAGGGAAUGAAGGGCGUGGCACGUGCCAUUAUUCACGUGGAUGAAGAAAAAUCUCAGGCUGGUCAGGAAAAAUAUAAACUGUUGGUUGAAGGAAAUGACUUACGUGGUGUCAUAGCAACCGUAGGUAAGUCGUGUGAGGCAUGGGUCGAGUUAAGAAACCGCAGCAGUGGUUUGUCCUUGGAGUGCUAG